GAGUCUCGUCGAGGCGCAUCAUCCGUCUCCUGGGGGACCGAUCGAUUUCGAGCGGGCCCAAAAAGAUCGAUCUCGGCCCACCGGAAACCGGAAGGUGUUCGCGGGAAUCCUUUCAUGUUACUUUCCCGUUGGUGACGUGGGAUUUUCACGAGUACUCAAAACCUACGGUGGAAUGAUCGCGACGACUUGGAAGAAUCCCUCGAGAUCGAUUAAGGAUCAUGCGCGUUAGAUGCGCGAGCUAAAAGGAUAAUCCGGCAUAGUCGAGAAAGAUAAUCGGAAGUAGAAAGCUGCGAAUUCCUUGCGCAGGAUGUCCGCGUUAUUUCUGCUGACGGCCUGGAUCGUUCUGGCGUGUCGAUUCAUCCAGGACGGGGUGGCGACGGGGCAACGUUAUACCCCGAGCCCUUCCCAGGAUCUGGACAACACUCUGCAAUCAGUGCCACCCGUCGGGCCGAACGUGUGCAGAUCGAGAUAUAAAAACUAUUGCUGUCCGGGAUGGUCAAAAAAACCGGAAACGGGCCUGUGCGUUAUUCCAAUUUGCAUAAGACGCUGCGGCUCUGUAGGAAGAUGCAUACAACCCAAUAUUUGUUUGUGCGAAGGUGGCAUCGUCGCAUCUGCUUGCGGCAAUGGACAAAGCAAAGUCAUCGCGCACGAGACAGGAAGUGGCGGCGAUCGUGGCGAGACCGGUAGAUGUAGAGUUCAUUGCAUAAAUGGAAACUGUGUGGACGGUCGAUGUCAGUGUCGCACCGGUUAUCAGGGAGAAUUUUGCAACGAACCUAUUUGCCGAGAGCCUUGCCUGAACCAAGGAAGAUGCAUCGGUCCAGAUCGUUGCGCUUGUAUUUACGGCUACACCGGAAGACGUUGCGAGACCGAUUUUAGGACCGGGCCAUGUUACACCAAAGUGAGAAACGACCAAUGCUUGGCGAGUCUUGCAAACGUGUUUUGCACGCGGCAAUUGUGCUGCGCGACCGUCGGCAAGGGCUGGGGCCACCCCUGCGAGAGAUGCCCCGCUAGGCUGGAUUGCGAACAGGGUUAUCUGAAGACCAAGCAGGGUCAAUGCAUCGAUAUCGACGAGUGCGAGUCGAUUCCCGGACUCUGCCAGGGCGGAAAGUGCUUGAACACCCCCGGUUCGUUUACGUGCGAGUGUCCCGAGGGACAGGCGAGGGACCUCGAUACCAACGAGUGCAAGGACAGAGACGAGUGUCAGGAGGAAGGCAUUUGCGCCGAUGGCCGAUGCAUAAACACGAGCGGCGGCUAUUACUGCCAUUGUAACCCGGGAUUCAUACAGAGUCAGGACCGCAAGCAUUGCAUCGAUGGCAGACAGGGAUUGUGUUAUACAGCGGUAAAUCGUAACGGGCAGUGCAAGAAUCGGCUGGCGAUGAGGUUGAGCAAGAAGGAUUGUUGCUGCGGCAAAAACAUGGGUCGAGGAUGGGGCGACGAAUGCUUUAUCUGUCCCAAUCCUGGCAGCGACGAUUACAACAGGCUUUGCUCGCAACUGCAGUCGAUCACGGAGGUGAACGAGUGCGCGCUGCGACCGGACAUAUGCGGCGACGGCAAGUGCAUCGAUACCAAGGAAGGCUACGAAUGCGAGUGCUAUCCCGGAUUCACGAGGAAGCCUGGCGGUAGAUGCGAAGACGUGGACGAGUGUUUAUUGGGUUACUGCCAGGGCGGGAUCUGUCACAAUCAACCCGGUAGCUUCACCUGCGACUGCCCACCCGGCUUCGUCGUUUCCGGCGAUGGCAGAUACUGCACUGAUCACGACGAAUGUCAAGACACCGGAAUGUGCACCAAUGGACAUUGCAUCAACAUGAACGGAUCCUUCAAGUGCGAAUGUAACGACGGUUACACGUUGUCGCCGACGAGAAAUACUUGUAUAGACAUCAACGAGUGCGUAGAAAAUCCGCGAAUCUGUCUAAACGGUCGUUGCGAGAACACGCCGGGAUCUUAUCAUUGUAUUUGUCAAUCGGGCUUCACUCCUUCAAGAGACAACACUUUCUGCGUGGACAUGGACGAGUGUUCUACCAGCGGAAUGUGCGAGAACGGCAAGUGCGUCAACAUGGAGGGCUCCUUCAAAUGCGUCUGUGACUCCGGCUUCAGGAUUGGCCCCGAUCAGAGCCAUUGUAUCGAUAUCGAUGAGUGCAUAAGUUCGCCUUGCCAAAAUGGACGCUGCAUCAACACGUUAGGCAAUUUUCAAUGUGAAUGUCAUCCGGGAUUCAAUCUUGGUCCUGACGGUAGAUCCUGUUUAGAUACGAGAAGAGAUCUGUGCUAUUCGCAGUACAGAGACGGCCAGUGCUCCAACCCGACUUCAACCGCCGUGACAAAAUCUAGCUGUUGUUGCUGCACGGUGAUCCUGGGCCAGCCGUUAGGCUGGGGUAGCACGUGCCAACCCUGCCCGCUUCCGGGCACCCGGGAGUUCGAAGCCCUGUGCCCACACGGUGGCGGAAUGACUUACAACGGCGAUGACAUCAACGAGUGCGCCCAGAACCCUAAUAUUUGCAUCAAUGGUGGAUGCGAGAAUCUUAUGGGGACGUAUCGGUGCAUCUGCGACAAUGGAUAUGAGGUUGAUGCGACAGGAAAGAUAUGCAGCGAUAUCAACGAGUGCGAGCUGGAGGAUUCUUUGUGCAGUGGUGGUCAAUGUAGAAACACACCCGGUAGUUUCCAGUGUAUUUGCCCGACGGGUAUGAGAUACAACACGCAGAAUCAAAUGUGCGAGGACGUGGACGAGUGCGAGGAGUUAGGACCAGACGUGUGUUUCAAUGGCGUGUGCAUCAAUACUCUGGGAGCUUACGAAUGCGAGUGUUCCCCGGGUUACGUUCUCGAUAAUACCGGUUACAUUUGCCGGAACAAUCGAAAGGGUUCGUGCUGGACCAAGAUGGUGGAUGGUCGAUGCGAGAACAAUUUGCCAAGAGUGGCUUUACGUUCCGAGUGCUGCUGCUCGGUCGGGGUAGCCUGGGGCAGCCCGUGUGAGCCUUGCGAGCAUUCCUUCUGCGAGUGUUCAAAAGGUUACGCGAAGGUAGACGGCAAAGAUUGCGCCGACAUCAACGAGUGCGAGCUCAACAGCGGGAUCUGCAAGGGCGGCGGUACCUGCGUCAACACGGAUGGCUCGUACCGUUGCGAGUGUCCACCCGGCCUCACCCUAGACGCGACGCACACCACUUGUAUCGAUACUAGGCAGGAAGCGUGUUUCUUGGAUUAUCGUCACGGCCAGUGCACCAAUCCCGUAGAGGGCCAUUUCUCCAAAAGCCUCUGCUGUUGCUCCGUGGGCCGAGCCUGGGGCAGCGAGAAAUGCGAAUUGUGCCCCAAGGUGGGCACACCGGCCCACGCGGAACUAUGCCCACGGGGAGACGGCUUUACUGAGCGUCAGGACAUUAACGAGUGCGUCGAAUUUCCGGGAAUGUGUCUGAACGGCAGAUGCAAAAACACGAUCGGCAGUUACAGCUGUAGAUGCAAUCAGGGGUUCGCCCUUGAUGAGCACGGUGUAAAGUGUAACGAUAUCGACGAAUGCGAGAUCAUGCGUGGUGUUUGCGGUAACGGUACCUGCAGAAAUACACCCGGCAAUUUUCAGUGCGACUGUACCCCUGGUUAUCGCAGCAAUGACAUUAUGAAGAUUUGCAUGGACAUAAACGAAUGCGAGGAGACGCCGGGUCUGUGUCGUGGCGGUACUUGCAUCAACACCGAAGGAAGCUUUAGCUGUCAGUGCCCUCCGGGACACGAACUAGGCCCCGACAAGCAGACCUGCAAAGAUAUCGACGAGUGCUCGAGGACCAGCGGUAUAUGCUCGAACGGCGUUUGUGAGAACAUGAUGGGCACUUAUCAGUGCAUCUGCGAUGAUGGCUAUCAGCAAACGGGCCUCAGGUCCCAUUGCGAGGAUAUUAACGAGUGCGCGAUCAGCAACGGCGGUUGUGAGGACAUUUGUCUGAAUACGCCGGGCAGCUUCUCUUGCUCCUGCCGCACCGGUUACGCUUUAAAUCUGGACGGACGUACCUGUGUGGACGUGGACGAAUGCACGGAGAACCCUCGAAUCUGCAAUGGAGGUAAAUGCAGAAAUGUACCGGGUGGCUACGCAUGUAAUUGCACAAAUGGCCUCUUGCCCGGAAGAGACGGUAUAUCCUGUAUAGAUGUCGACGAGUGCGUGAUGCAGCCGCAGAUAUGCGGAUACGGCGAGUGCUACAAUACGAUUGGAUCCUUCAACUGCCGUUGCGAGGAAGGCUACUCGGUGAAGCCAGCGGAAGGACCGGCGUGCACCGACGACGACGAAUGCCGACUGAACGCUUACUCUUGCAGCGAAUUCGCCGAGUGUCAGAACACCCAGGGCUCGUACGUAUGCACGUGCCAUGAUGGUUUUACCGGGAACGGGAUCGAGUGCUGGGAUAUCAACGAGUGCUCUACCAACAAUGGCGGCUGCGACUCCAAUGCUCACUGCAUCAACACCGAAGGUUCCUUCAAGUGCGUGUGCGACGCCGGUUUUCGCGGCGACGGUUACAACUGCAAGGACAUCGACGAGUGCGCAGAGGACAGCACGCUCUGCGAAAACGGACACUGCCUGAAUUAUCCGGGCGCGUAUCGAUGCGAGUGCGAAAUGGGCUUCAUGCAUCCGGACGAGCGUAGCGAACAGGCGUGCGUGGAUAUUAAUGAAUGCGAAAUGUUUAACAAUCUAUGCGUCUACGGUCGCUGCGAGAACAUCUUCGGCAUGUUCCGUUGCGAGUGCAACGAAGGCUACAAACUGGACAAUUCCGGCGGCAACUGCACCGACGUAGACGAGUGUGAGAGCCCGCAAUCCUGCCAGUACGGCACUUGCAUCAACAUACAAGGCAAAUAUAUCUGCAGAUGCCCGCCGCAUCACGAGCUAGUGGAAGCUGGGAAUGCCUGCGUUGAUAGACGCGAGUCGCUUUGCUUCACGGGCUACGAGCAUGGCACCGGAAAGCCCCAGUGCAUCUUUGAAGUAGCAUCGUCGGUGACAAAAGCGACAUGUUGCUGCAGCAUCGGCACUGCCUGGGGCACCGGUUGCGAGGAAUGUCCGCGGGCUGGUACGAAGGAAUACGAUCAACUGUGUCCCAGCGGGCCAGGAUACAGACCGAAUCGUGUAACUGUCAUUCUGGAGGACAUCAACGAGUGCGUGGAGCACGAGAAUAUCUGUCAGAACGGACACUGCACUAACACGUUCGGUAGUUUCAUGUGCUCGUGCAACGAAGGCUUCAUCCUGGACGAUUCCAAGACCAGCUGUAUCGACAUUAACGAAUGCGCAUUACAUCCACGGAUAUGCGGCGUUGGAUACUGCAUCAAUGACCAAGGAAAAUAUCAUUGCGAGUGCCCCGAAGGAUACAUGGCGAUGCCUGGAGGAAAGGAAUGCGUCGAUAUGAGGAAGGAACCCUGUUAUCUUACCUACGAUUCCGGACAUUGUCUUAAUACCAUGGUGCAGCCGCAGACAAAAAUGUUGUGCUGCUGCUCCAUGGGAGCCGCAUGGGGUAGUCUUUGCGAGAAAUGUCCCGACGAGAGAACUCGCGAACAUGAGAUUCUAUGCGGACUGGUGCCUGGUCAGAUCAUGAACCCGAUCACGAAUCACUCCGAGGAGAUCGACGAAUGCGCCCUGAUGCCGACCAUGUGCACCCACGGCCGGUGCAUGAACACUCCCGGUAGCUUCGAGUGUCAAUGUGAGCGCGGCUACGUCUACGAUCAAGAUUCUCAUCAAUGCAUCGACGAGAAUGAAUGUUUACAGAUACCGAAUCCCUGUAGCGGAAACGCUCAGUGUAUUAAUCAGCAGGGCUAUUUCGAAUGCGUGUGUCCGGCUGGUUACAAACUCGGUCCCGGCCAGCGCGAUUGCGUCGAUAUUGAUGAGUGUUAUGAGCGACCAGGGAUUUGCAGCAACGGCGCGUGUAGCAACCUGCAAGGUGGCUUUCAAUGCGUCUGCCAUGCCGGGUUCACGUUGACCCGCGACCGAGACAACUGCGUUGAUAUUGACGAGUGCCAGCGCAAUCCGAAUAUAUGCAACAACGGCACUUGUAUCAACACUCUGGGCUCCUAUAAGUGCCAAUGUUAUCAGGGAUUCAAACUCAGUCCGAAUAACGAUUGCGCGGACAUCAACGAGUGUCGAAUAAUGCCGUUUUUAUGUCGCAAUGGUCGAUGCCGAAACACGAUCGGUGGCUUUGUCUGCGAAUGCGCGGACGGUUAUGUAUUGGCUCAGGAUGGCCAGCACUGUCGCGACAUCGACGAGUGUCACGAGAUACCGGGAUUGUGUCCGCCUCCCGGAAAAUGUCAAAACCUAAUGGGAUCUUAUAUAUGUAGCUGUCCACCAGGAUACGAGCUGGAUCAUACCAGGAGAAGAUGCGUCGAUGUGGACGAAUGUGUGGAGACGCAAGACAUUUGCGAAAAUGGUCGAUGCAUCAAUACGGAGGGCGGUGUGAUCUGCGAAUGUCCGGUCGGGUAUCAGUUGAGCGACAAACCGAACUCGCUUAGAUGCAUCGACGUGAGGGAAGAGCAAUGCUAUGACAGCUACAGACGAGGUCAGUGCACCCUCCCGCGGGAAGGUGGGGUGACCAAGAAGCACUGCUGCUGCACGAUGGGCAAGGCUUGGGGCCGCUACUGCGAGCAAUGUCCGCCGGAAGCUAGCGAGGAAUUUAAGAGGCUGUGCCCGGAAGGACCAGGACGGGAUGACACUGGGAUCGAUCUGAAUGAGUGUCUGUUCAUGCCGGACGCCUGUCUCGGCGGCGAAUGUAUCAACACGGAUGGCUCAUUCCGAUGCGAGUGCCCGACCGGAUACGUUUUGGACGAAACCGGGAGGCGUUGCGUGGAUCACAACGAAUGCCUGGGCAUGCAGAACAUUUGCGGCAACGGCACUUGCCGCAACAUCGACGGCGGCUUCGAAUGUUCGUGUAACGACGGUUUCGCGCCGGGUGCCAAUCAAGUCUGCGAGGACGUGAACGAGUGCCUUGAAAUGGGCAAUCAGUGCGCAUUCCGGUGUCACAACGCGCCGGGUUCCUUCCGUUGUAUCUGUCCGUAUGGUUACACUUUGGCGCCCGACGGCCGCCAUUGCGUAGACGUCGACGAAUGCACGACACCGGCGAACGAUUGCAGAUUCCAGUGCAAAAAUCUCAUCGGCACCUUCAUAUGCAUCUGUCCGCCCGGUUACCAGAAGAUAGGAAUGGCGGACGAGUGCAAGGACAUCAAUGAAUGCGCCAUCAAUUCCGGUCUCUGUCAACACGGCCGUUGCGUCAACUUGGAGGGGAGCUACCAGUGUCUAUGUCACGACGGUUUCGAGCAGAGCUUGGACGGGAAAUCGUGUAUCGAUCGCAGGGUCGGUUAUUGUUUCCUGCAAACAAUCGGUGGCAGAUGCACCGCCAGAACGUCGGAACUGCGGACGGUCACUAAGGCGGAUUGUUGUUGCACCAUGGGAGCCGCAUGGGGACCGCAUUGCGAAAUCUGUCCGUCGAGGGAUUCCGACAAUUACAACGAGCUCUGCCUGGACAAAGGGUUCUCAGUCAACGGACAAGACAUCGACGAGUGCAAGACUAUACCCGACCUUUGCAGAAACGGUCUGUGCAUUAACACUCUAGGCUCCUACAGAUGCAUCUGCAAUAAAGGUUACAAAGCCGACAAAUCUGGCAUUCAAUGUAUCGAUAUUAACGAAUGCGAGUCAACGCCGAAGCCGUGCAAGUACAAUUGCCAAAACACCGAGGGCAGUUUCAUCUGCUCGUGCCCGUCCGGUUUCAUCUUGAAUCCCGACGGUACCAGCUGUAGGGACCUCGACGAAUGCGCGACCGGGAAUCACCUGUGCCAGCAGAAUUGCAUAAAUACUCCAGGAAGUUACACUUGCGGCUGCCAGGAAGGCUACAACCAACAAGGCGACGCAUGUCAUGACAUAAAUGAAUGCGAGCAACCAGGUGUUUGCCCGAAACCUGGCAAGUGUGUUAAUACCCUCGGCAGCUUCCAAUGUCUCUGUCCCAGAGGCUUCAAGUUGGACCAUACUGGGCGUUUUUGCACCGAUCACAAUGAAUGCGCCGACGAUGCCAGUUGCGAACACGGUUGUCAGAAUUUUAUGGGCAGUUACCGCUGCGGAUGCCCGGAUGGCUUUGUCCAGCACAUUUAUUACAACCAGUGCAUGGAUGAGAAUGAAUGCAACGAGUCGCCAUGCGGUGACAGUACCUGCAUCAAUACAAUUGGCGGUUACAAAUGCGGUUGUCCGAACGGUUAUCAAUUCGAUAACAAUCUAGCGAUCUGCGUGCAGGUAAGUGUCGGAUGUUUUGGCAGUCCCUGCGCCUUCGGAUGCACUCCAAACGGAGCCAGCGGAUUUAUUUGCGGCUGUCCCACCGGUUAUCAGCGAAUAGGACAGGGUCACUGUCUGUCUACGAUUAAUCCCUUGUCUCAAGGGCGCUACGACGAAGAUAUUGGCAACGUGCCGAUUUUCCAAAUCAAUCCUGAUUCUUAUCACAUACCGUCAGCCGACGACAAGACGAUUUCCACGGAAGGAUGUUUCUCCUGCAAGAUAAACGGAAAUGGGCGACACAGAAGAGGCACUAGAGAUAAAUCUGACGGCGAAGAGACGAAGACGAGGAGAAACAGAAUAACGAAGAAACGUCGAAACUCCGAAAGACCGAAGAGGCAUCAUCAUGGAAUGGAGCACGUGCUUAAGAUUAAUCUACGUCAAACGAGGCAUCGCACACGGAUCAUUAAAUUGCAAUCCGCUAUCAAGGGCGAGGAAAUGAAUUACAUCAUCGCGCGGGGCAACGACGACGGACACUUCGAGAUCGUCAGAGACCGCGGCGUUUCCGCCUUGCACUUCCGGCACCGGCUGAAAAACCCGGGCGAAUUUGACAUAGUGAUUCACGGUCGUCCCGAAAACACGACGGCGAUGAGAACGGAAUGGGAGAAACCGCUGACACUCACAGUCCAUCUCAUAGUCGUGGAAUGAGAUCAAUGGAAGGAUAAAGGAUAAUCGAAUUGCGUGAGAAAACACACUGCCCGACACUGCGCGUUACGCUUUUUCUUUUAGUCAAUUCUUUGCGAAUUAAUUCAAGCUACGGUAAAGUAUUAAAAGCACCAGGAAGGCCAACAUGGAAGGAGCGUGAAUUACGGAAGGGGUCUGUAAAAAGCAAGAUAUAUAUACGUCUUCCGUUGAGCUAAUUUUUAAAAUGGUCCAACGUGAUUCGAUGAAAUACAGAGGAACGUUGAGCGCCUUAAAUCUUUUGUGUUCACUCGCGCAUAAAUCGCAUUAUUUAACUGCCAGAUAAUAAAUGUUUUAUUUACAAGGAAUAUAACAGUUAUUUACGACUGCCAAUUUAUCUACGAUAUCUUCACUGUUAGAAAAUUUGACUUAAAUUUAACAUAUAUUGCAUGUCCCAAACGAUCCAUACAAAUUUUUGUGUUAAUUUGACAUAAUAUGAAUAUGUUAAAUGGUGACACUAAUACUGUGUUAAUAUUUCAACACAAAUUUUAAAUGCAAAUCUUAUAAUAAUUUAAAAUAAGUUUUAUGUAGAAUCAAUAUAUAUUUAAUGAUAAAAUUAACUAAGAUAAAAUAAACUUGGAAAAAUUUUAUUAACGGUCUGUAGUCACUUUCACUCUUAUUGUAGAAUAAAAUCAACAUUUUUUUUUUAAUAGUAAAUUUUAACAGAUAAAUCCUGUAACUAAUAAUACGAAACAUAUCUAUUGUGUAAAAUUAAAAAUAUGUGCCCGUUGUGUUAUUUUUAUACUUUUUUUUUAGUUGUUUUAAUAAUUUAACACUUGGGUUCACUUAAGACAACAGCAAUAUGUUAAAUUAACACACAAAUGUGUUAAAUAUUUAACACAAAAAUUUUAACCAGCAUAUUUUUUAACAAGAAAACAAAAUUUUCCAACAGUGUUUGAUACAUUUACACUGCCAAUGUAACCAAUCGAGUACCUUACCUUUUUCGAUAAUCGUCAGAUUUUUACAUUCGCUGACUUACGUGAGAUUCGCGCGCGUGUCAAAACAAUUUUUAAUAACAAUUCAUUGAUAAGAGCCGAAAUGAGAUGCUCCAGCAACUCUUUGCGCGUCGUCAAGAACGUGUAAAAGCGUUUUCUCGAUUUACUGCCUAUACUUGUUACAUAAUACGAUUUGAUUAGAAGUAGUAGUUAGAGAUGUACAAACGCUAGAUUAUUAUACAUAGCUUUAAGCGAACGAACGCACGUGUAAACAGAAACAAAUGUAGCUUUAUAUAUUUAUAAAUUUUAGCUCGGUAGAGAGAAAUGUGGCACGAAUGUAGUUUUAUGUACAAAAUCAGUACAUUUUGUUGCGCUGAAAUUUCAAAGAAAAUUUCGUAGAUACACCGAUAUAUACGAUUGCUUGAUUAUACGUCAUUACUUCGUGCUUAUACAUAGUAACGAUUUUAAUUAUGUAUAAUACUAAAGAACAUGCCAAGAUUGGUAUUAUAUAUAUUUAAGGAUGUGAAUAAAGUUUAUUUAAAACGG